AUGAUUAUUUACAAUAAUCAUAAUAUUAAUAGUAAUAACAAUAGUGGUAAUGGUGGUAAUAAUGAGUCAACAACAAAUAUCACAUCAUUUCAAUAUCCCAUUCAAAUAAUUUUAUCACCUAAUAUACGUAAUUCAAGUUCAUUCUAUUUAGAUGUUGAAUUAACAAACUCGUAUGAAAUCAUAUUCGACAUUGUUGGUCCAUUCACCAUCCUACCAAUUCCAUUACCACCACCUCAACAACAAGAAUCAGAAGAAUCUUCAGGUUUAUUAACUGGAUUAGGAACUAAAACAAAACUGUUAUCAGCAAUGAAAACAGAAACUGCAAAUCGUGAUGAAAAUAUAAAUAAUUCGUCAUUUAAUUUAAUUAAUCAAAAAAGUCAUUAUAAUGAUUCAACUUGGAAAUCAUUGGCUACAUUUAAAUAA